GGAGGAGGGUGUUUCCUUCCAAGAGCUGGGUUGAUCACCCAGUAAACCCUGCAGGGCAGGGGCAUCUCAGAGCUGAGUGAACUGCAGCCAUGGAUGAAGCCAGGCACUCCCCAAACCCCAGUGAGAUUACUGCACUGAGAGCCGAACUCCCCCCACAGCAGGGGAACACUGGGCAAUGGGGACAGACAUCCCAGGACAAGACCUGGAAGUAUCUCUGCUUCUUCGUGUCCCUGAUCCUGCUUCUUACGGUCAUUAUCCUCAGUGUGAUUCUGUCUGAAGUCUUAAAGAGGACACAACAGGUACAGGAGAAAGUAUUACAACUGAAUGAAAAAGUGACACAGGGACUGGGGGAUGCCGGGCACGACCGGGACUUCAUUCGGAGUGAAGUGUUCCGGCAAAUGAAGGCUGUACUGGCAGGCAAUGAAUCCUCUUGCGAGCCUUGCCCCCUGGACUGGAAGUUCUUUCAGGGCUCCUGCUACUUCUUUUCCCUGGACAACCUCACCUGGACCCAGGCUAAUGAUUCUUGUGUCCAGAAGCAAGCUCACUUGGUUAUCAUCAACAGCCGAACAGAACAGGACUUCCUGACAUCCACUGGGCAGGUGACAUCCUGGAUAGGCCUCUUCAAAGAGGGCCAGAAAGGCAACCACAGGUGGAUGGAUGGCUCAACCCCCACCUACAUCAACUGGGACUCCAAGGAACUACCUGAUAAUGUAACUGCCCCGGCCUGCAUGAUGAUGUACAACUAUGGACACUGGAGGGACUUCUCUUGUGAAUCAGGGCAAUUUGCUUUCAUUUGUGAAAGGAGGCAGAACUGCUGACCCAACCCUUUAUACUUCACUCCCUGGGAUGAAACAGAACCCUUGCUAUACAGCCUCAGACCCCAUCCUUACCUUCUCUUGGUUCUGAGUUCAUGAGAGGCAACAAUAAAAGACCAUUCUCCAAA